AUGGGGCGCUGGACGCAGUAUGACGAAGAUGAUUACAGGCUUCCAGAAGGCAUAAAGCGAAUUGGUUAUGACGCCGACAGUGAGCGGUAUUAUUUCCGUGACCGUGAAGGAUUGGUGUACAAAGGGCCAGAGGGUUCUGAAUUCGGAGAGCUUACGCUAGCGUCUGAAAUACCUUCUUCCAUCCCUCAAGAGGUAGACGAAGACAGUGACCUGGAAGCUGCUCCUACCGGCACUGACGGUUAUCGCAUGUUGGCUCUGGAUGAGAAUGGUACCCGGUACAAUCUCCGGGGAGGAGCUUAUCGUACACUUUUCCCAUUUUUUCUCAUUAUCGCUGUCGUCUUAUUAUUGGUCUGGCGUCUCGUCCUGUUACCCACACGCAUUGCUCCCGUUCCAUGCCCUUCAACGACCCUCUCAUAUAUCGUGCAACCUGGAGACACUUGUUGGGAUAUUGCCAACGAUCACAAUUCCUCUCUAGACAAACUCCUUAUUGUCAACCCCAAAGUGAACUGCGACAAGCUCAUGCCUGACGAAGGGAUGUCCAUCAGUGUCCGUUUCUAA